GUUUUCGGCCAACUAGGAUUCUGCAAAAGAUGGCGAAGUCGUCUAGACGAAGCUGAAAAUCCUCUUGCAAUCGGGACCAUCCCCUAUUACACCGAAUAGUUAUCAGAGAAACGAGCAAUUCAUGACAUUCGUAGAUGUUUGUCAAACGUGCAUAGUUGUAUAUUUUUGUGAUUCGUAAAGAGGUGAAGGAUGGAGCUCAGAGUUGGAAAUAAGUACCGGUUGGGUCGCAAAAUUGGCAGCGGUUCGUUUGGAGACAUCUACCUUGGUACGAAUAUUACAAACGGGGAGGAGGUCGCCAUCAAAUUAGAAUGUUUAAAAACAAAACAUCCGCAGCUCCACAUAGAGAGCAAGUUCUACAAAAUGAUGCAAGGAGGAGUUGGUAUUCCCACAGUGAAAUGGUGCGGAGCAGAAGGAGACUACAACGUAAUGGUUAUGGAACUAUUGGGGCCAAGUCUAGAGGAUCUCUUCAAUUUCUGCUCGAGGGAAUUCUCACUAAAAACAGUGCUACUAUUGGCUGAUCAAUUGAUAAGUCGGAUAGAGUAUGUCCACAGUAAGAACUUCAUCCACAGAGACAUCAAACCAGACAACUUCCUCAUGGGGCUGGGCAAGAAGGGUAACAUGGUGUACAUCAUAGACUUUGGUCUCGCCAAGAGGUAUAAGGACCCUCGGACCAAACUACACAUAGCCUACAGGGAGAACAAGAACCUCACGGGAACUGCCAGAUAUGCAAGCAUCAAUACUCACUUAGGAAUCGAGCAAAGUCGGAGAGAUGACCUGGAAUCAUUAGGCUACAUGUUAAUGUACUUCAACCGAGGCAGUUUACCUUGGCAGGGUCUGAAGGCGGCUACCAAGAAACAGAAGUAUGAGAAGAUCAGUGAGAAGAAGAUGUCGACGCCCAUUGAAGUCCUCUGCAAAGGAUACUCACCCGAAUUUGCCACAUAUUUAAACCACACAAGAAAUCUGCGAUUCGAUGAGAAGCCUGACUACUCCUUUCUCAGACAGUUGUUCCGCAAUCUCUUCCACCGAUUAGGCUACACAUACGACUAUGUCUUUGACUGGAACAUGCUUAAAUUUAGCGAUGUACCAGGCAGGGGAGGUAAACCCCACCCCACGAAAGAGGCGGAGAGGAGAGACAGAGAGGAACACGAGAGACACCACCAUCCCAGGAGCUCAACAACGAGGGCGCUAGCAGGUACCGCCGCCACGGUCCGGCUAAGAAACCAGGAGCCGGCUGCAGUCGUCAACCCGGUGGCUGUCGGAGGUUUCCAUGCCACAUCUCCCCGUCCAGUUUCCCGCGCUGAGCAGCAGCGCACCAACAACCGGCGCCUGGUGCGAGGUCUGGCCACAGGACCUCCUAGUUCGGACCCGGUUCAACGUGGAGACUAUGGCCGUCUCGCGACUCCGUACUCUGCUUUCAAUGGUGCCACCAGUACUGGCAUGAAGUCAGCCGACGAGGGCGCUGCAAGAACGUCGUCGUCACGUUACAUACGCAAGUGAAAAAGGACACGAUGCUGUACAUAAAUGUUUAAAUGAAAACACACAAGAUAUUUUAAAGGAGAGAUAGAGAAGAAGGAAGCGUUGGUCAUAAGGUGAUGUGAUGACGAGAUGCGCUCACAGCGUUGUCAUGGAGAUGGGCCAACCCUCCGGAUCCAAGGCCGCCAAUGACUUGUUGCAAUAGAGUUGCCUGAGCCAGAUGGGAUCCGCCGUACCUACCCCGUUGAAUAUGCAGCAUGAACUCCACUUAACUGAGACUGCUUCAUAGAAUGGCACGUCAUCAAGCAACAUGUUCUAUAUUCAGCAGGUUACUUGAUUGUGUGACCCAUGUAGCUAAUUCACAUUUCUUAAGAUAAUAGGGUUGUUUUUAUAGUUUCACUCCCAAGUUUUUUUAGAACAAGGAUAGCACUAAUGCAGGACAGACUUAGAGAUGGUCUCAGGAUUGUAUGCCUUGGUAGUGGCAGGUUGUAGAGUCUGAAUCGUGCUUCAGAGCUGAUCUUAAUUCUUAUGCCUCUAGUUCAGGCUGUUGUUAGGCCUGCGCUUCUGAUAUUGUUUAAAUGCUAAUGCCUGAAUAGCAUGGCAGUCAGAGCACUACUAGUGUUUAUUUAACAAAUGACUCUUAUUCUUAUCCCACAAAGACUUUUGUGAUUGAAUGGAGGAGUUUAUUUGGAUUCUGCUGGAGCUAACUCCUUUACCAUAUUGCUAGUAUACCACUAACUGAUGGAAGAGUGGACCACGAUAACCAAAUUUGACGAUCACUCAUAGGAUUUGCAGUCUAGCAUAGAAGAAACAAACGUGUGGAAUAGAGUUCGCUGAUAUCGAUGCAAGGAGGUAUCGAACGAAAUAGAGGAUUUUCUUAACUGAAAUGUUGUUUUCCUUGUUCAUUAGAGGCUGGGUUUCACUAACAAACUGCGAGUGGUUCUUAAAAAAAUACUGUUCGACAUGUUUUAAUAUCAGUGUAUAGAGAAAAUGCAUACACAUACAUAGCACGGUUGGUCAAAUUCUGUCAGUCUGUCAUGGUGGGGUCGGGUCGAGUGUGUGACUCACAGCCGGAUUCCCGGUAGUAAGUUACAUAAGACUGUUGCCAAGUAGUGGUUAUUGACACAGACGUGUGGUUAGAAUGGUGGACUUGCACAGAACAAGACUCAACUUUGAAAGCACUUUCCAACUCUCAUCUCUGCUACAGUUAAAAGGCCUCAUGUCUCGCUGUAGAAUCUGUCUGUGUUGGGAUGCCAAGUUAAUUUGCUUUCUUUUUGAAAGAAAAUAUGGAGUAGGGUUAAAGAAAAUGACCAGCCAAUGAAAUGAAUCUCUGCGGCAUGAAGUGCAUGUUAUUCAACUUGCAUGUAUACCUUUGAUUUUGUAACUUAAAAAUGGGCAGUUGAAACUAACCCUGAAUUAUUGAAAAGGGCAAUUCAAACUCUUAGAAUAUAGACAUUCCAGCUUACCUGAAUUGGUUGAAAUUAUCCAAUUUGCCUCUUUGUUUCAUCCUAAAUAUGGGGAGUUCGACAGCAAAUCCUAAACAAAUAACGGACUGAUUCCACAGUGCAAGAAAAGAGACACUUCGUUGCUUUUACACCUAUGAGAUAUCAACAUUUUUACUAAAUUAGUGAUUUUAAUUUAGUAUUUAUAAACAACUUUGUGAGCAUGCUUGAGUCUUGUACAAGCAGAAAUGAAAUGUAAUUGUCCGUUAUUCUUUGUAGCGACGCGUAAGGAUGUUCUGUUUACUGUUCUUGUCAUGAUAGUUUGACCAUGUGAUGUUAUUGGAAAACAUAUGAUAGCCAGGACUGCUUGUUGACUGUGUUAUGAAAAGCGAACAAAGGAAAUCCCCUGAAGGGUUGGGAAUGUCAUUAUGUGAUACAGUCAAACCUGUCUAUAGCAACCGGACAAGGGAAACACAAAAAGUGGUCCAUAUAGACAGGUGGUCUUUGUAGAUGGGUGGUCACUAAAGCAGGUUUGACUGUUCACCUUUAUUACAUUAUAAUGGAAUGCCAAAGGAUAGUGUUGUUUGGUUUGUGAAUGUGCUUCAGCUUAAUCAUUAGUAGUAGGAAAUAAAAAUCUGUUAUGUCGGGAAAAUAAAUAUUUAAAACUUUUGCUGGAUAUUAGUCGGAAUGUUAGAGAGAUGUUAUCAGUUAAAAAGAUUGGCACCCCAUCGUUUUGUUUUCGUUAUUAUCGACAUCCAUCACAGGAGUAGUGUAAUGCCCAAAUGCAAGUGAAAUUAAGCUCAGAUAUAGCCCCUGUAUAUCACAUGCUUAAUGCCGUCCAUGGGUGAUAACAUGGUAGUUCUUUUUUCAGAGGUAAGAUUUUUUGCUUAGACCUAGAAAGGCAUUAUAUGAAGUGAUACAAGUUGACACCCCUUCUGCCCCUCAGUGGACGAUAUGAUUCUUCCCGAGAAUAUGGUAUCCCACAACUUAAGAAACUUUAGCACCGUAAAUUCAGCACCAAUGGCAAUUAAAAAAGCCUGCUUGUACUGAGUCGUUCCAAGUUUAAACACGAGCGUGUAUGUAGCAUUGUGAGGUGUAGGUAUGAUAAAUAAUUCUGUAAUAUGAAUGAGUCUAUCCUCUUUAAUGGAGUAAACCUGUUUGUCAGCAAUUCUUUAAUGUGGUGUACAUUUCACUAUAUGAUGGUUGAUAUCAGUAAUGUACUAUCUGGAUGAUGGACUUGCACAGCACAACUAUGUGAAGUACUCUUACGCUGUUUCACGGCACUAUGUCCUCAGAUGUUACAAGUGUGUCCAACAUCAGAUGUCUCUGUGAAAGUGAUGUAGGUUUCUGUCGUUCACAUUCACGUACAAGCUUAACCUCGAAUGUUGCUUAAUACAAUUUAAGCCAUGUACAGCUCUAAAACGUGUUAUGAAAGAACGCAACUUUUUCUGUGCAUAUGAAAUCGAUGUGAAGUGUGACAUAGGCUAUACCCAUCAAGUUUUUAUACACGAUGCAUAAUUUUCACGUCAUUUUUUUAGUUCCGAGAGGCGUUUUUCAUUUAUGAAUGCGUGAACUUUUUUUUUUCAUCACGUAAUGGAAGUGGCUGGCCACCAUUUAAACUGCAAUCAAUUUAUUGUAAUAAAUAUCCAUCUAAAGUCUCAUUUAUUUUAUUUUGAAUGUUUCUAUAUAGUCAAAUAAUGCUACACAUAUACACUGCAUUCAUCAUUUUCUGUAUAGAAUCAUGGGGAGGGGGGGGGGGGGGGGGAAGUAGGGCUGGUUUUCAAAUGUCUAUUUAUUUAUUUAUUUAUUAUCUCAUAUCUUAUGGAAUGUUAAUAAACAUAAAUAUUACCCUCUUUCGAUAAAUACUUACUCAUUCAAAAUAUUCUUUGGAAUUUUCUAAUCAUUAAAAACAGAAAUGAUAUAAAAGAAGAAUAAAUGGAGUUAUUUACAGCCCCUCCCCCAAAGGCGUAAGUUUGCUCAUCGAUUAGAUUUAUUUGUAUUGUUGAAAAUUUUACAUCUCCCAUACGAAUGAAUCAAUUGAUCAUAUUAAACCACUAUUGAUCCAAGUCCAAUGUACUGGUUAUGGAUAUUGAAAUCGCCAUUAGCUGUCAUAUUGUGGUAGAAACCAGAAGGGGUUCUGACUGUCCUGAUUGUCCAAGCAUUUUAUAAGUCUGUAAAUAAAUCACAGAGGCUUCCGCUCAGAGCAUGAGUGAGUGAUGAGAGAAAGAGAUGAGAGGUUUGAUGGUCCUAAAAGUAUGUCAGCUUUCACCAAAUACAUACACAUUUCUAUAUCUGAUCUUCACUUUCACACUAGCAUUGUCGUGUUUGAAUCUGUUUCUAAUGGGUGUCGUUGUCUAAUUCACUUAUUAAGAAUAUCUCUCUUUUGAAAUUUGUCAGAAGCAGGUCCUGAAUUAAUUAUUAUUUUGUCAUUUAUGAAUGAUACUAUCUGAUUAUGUUAUCAAAUAUUGAAUUGUUUGGACAUGGAUUCAUUCACAAAUUUACAUUUCCUAAUGAAAUCUGUUAGUUAAUAUAGGUGCUCAAUGUUUAUGGUAUUUGUGGCAAAAAUUAAUCAGAUGCUUUUUGAUUCAUCAAGUCUCUCUGCCUCUAUCAAUAAAUUUAAUUUGACAUGAUGUGUGUGUAUAUUAUAGCUGUAGCGUAUUAUAUGGUUUGCAUGUUUGUGUCUCUCUCAAUAUGCUGAAGGAAUAGAAUGGAAUUAUGAAAUACUUUCAUGAGAAGUAAAUAUAUUUUUUUCUCCAUUUUUUUUUUUUAGCUUGGGGGAAGAAUUUCAGAUUGUCUUUUGUCUACCACAAAGGAGACCAAUAUUAUUAAAGUCUCGAGACUUAGAAUGCAAGUUAAUGUAGGUGCCAAACAAUGAUACAGCGUGAAACUUAUUUAAAAUGUGAUAUAAAGUCUAAGAGAGAUCAUUUAUCCAAUGGGAGUUGGUAUUAUAUUCCUAUCCUUUCCUUUCAUAUGGGUCUAUGUGUAUGAUGAAACUUGGCUUGAUGAAUGAGCUUGCAAUUGUGUCCAUCCGGCGCUCAUAUAUAUAUUCAUUUGCAUUCCCUCUGUCUUAUCAUAAACCAUGCAAUCAGUAUUUUCUGAUUUCUUCAUCCUUCUAUCGGAAUCCCUUGCCUACUUCAUUAGGCGUGUAAUUCCCAUACAGAGCAUUGGGUGUAUACACUAUGAAUAGGGCAUUCGCAGCGCUUUUGGUUCAGUUUUAGUCCUAUUCUGUUCACUUCAUAUGUUCUGUAUAAUGGUAACAUGAGAAGUACCAUAUAAUACAAGCAGUUGCUGCUUCCUCUGUGGGUGUGAAAGACUAUUAUUUCUAUGUCAUUGUUGACAUUGCAAGAAAUGGUUGCUACCGACCAGGAAUGUGCGUCAUUAUCUAAAUGUUGUAGAUUCGAGUGUGUAAAUGUUUAUAUCAUGCUUGAAAGGAGAAUUCUGUUUCUGAAAACUUUGUUAUUUUUUAUCAAUUCUUUCGGGGAGUUUAACACAAAUUGUAGCAGAUGGUUGGCAUUAUUUGGCUUGAAAGGUAUUGCAGCUCAUGUCGCAGAAAGCAUAAGAGGUUAUCUGUUUAAAUUUAAGUGAAUGAAUAAAAGGAUUGAAUUGUGUAUGUCUGCAAAGAUGAGAUUGAUGAGUUCUUAGAUGCACAAAUUUCUUUCCUUUGUUAUCUUAGAUAUAUCAUCUAUCGAUUCUCAUUGAUUGGUUUUUGUGGCAUUUUAAGAUCUAGUUUGAUUUGUAGUGAUUUUUGUCUUUGUAUUAUUUUUUUUCUCUUUAAAUUUUUCAAAGUAUUUAAUCAGGAUGUUGACUGAAAUUCAAUGCUAGGAUUUUUAAAAUUUUGAAGAUAUUUAAAGUGAGAGAACGUUUUGUACUUCCAUGUCACCAUCACUACCACCACCAUCGUCAUCAUCACCGCCAUUCUCAAAAGACAAUGAUAAUACAAAACUGUGUACAUUUAUAUUUUAUAUGGUAUUACAUUGUACUCUACAUAAUGAGGCUUAUCUUUCUCAAAUAUACCAGCUUUAAUCCAUUAAAUACCAGACUGUUCAUAGACCUGUAGAUUCAUCUAGUUAGAAAAAUCAUCUGGUAUUCAAUGUGUUAAGCAUGAAACUUUAGACAAAUUUGAUGUGUUCAAAGAGAAAGAUAAUCCUGAUUAUUUCAUUUCAUUCAUAUGUACAUUUCUUUUUUCAUACAAAAGAUGGAAGUACGUGUCGUGUGAGGACGGAUAGUAUCAAGUUCCACUAUAUAUUUGUGCUCUUGUAAGUAUAUUGCAAAAUCCAUGUACAAAAUCACAUCCCAGAAAAUAAAUUUUGAGUGUCGUUUUCUCGUCUGUUGAAUAUAAUUUAAUUGAUAGAACUAAUAUAUUCCUGUGGUAAAAGUCAAUUUUUUUUUUUAAACAUCAGUUUUGGGAAAGAGAAAAGAUUUAUAAUGAAUUCAAUCAAGGAAUGGGGCGUUUUCCUUAUCCUUUUAUAAGAGUAUUAAUAUUUGUUCCCUUUUUUCUCACAAGAAGAAUGUGAUGUGAUUAUAUGAUAUAUGCAUCUUGUUGCACAAUAAUUGUUUUAUAUCAUAACUGUUCCAUGAAUUGUAAAUGUUUGUAGAUGUCUGUUAUUAAAGUAGUCCUUUUUUCCUCUUUCUAUGUGUAUAUGAAAAUUUAGUCAAUGUGAGAACAUACUUAUGUAGAUGAACUUUCUCAGAAAGGAUGAAAAAUUAAAAAGCUGUACAAUAAACCGUA